AGCUCCUUUUGGGUGAACUCUCUGCGGAAUCUGGAAAAAUUUGUAUCGAAGGAGAGGUAUCAUAUUCCUCUCAGGAACCGUGGCUGUUUUCAUCAACCAUUCGUAACAACAUUCUUUUUGGACAAACUUACGAUGAAACUUUAUACCUAAACACAGUUAGAGUAUGUUGCCUUGAGAGAGAUUUCGAACAGUUUCCAAAUGGAGAUAUGACUAUCGUCGGUGAUAGAGGAGUCACUCUAAGUGGUGGUCAAAAGGCUAGAGUCAAUCUCGCAAGAGCAGUCUAUCGAAAAACCAACAUUUAUCUGAUGGAUGAUCCACUUUCAGCUGUAGACUCACAUGUGGGAAAACAUCUAUUUGAAGAGUGCAUAGUAGAAUACUUAAAAGGGAAAACUAGAGUCCUUGUGACACAUCAGUUGCAGUAUUUGAAUAAAGCCGAUCUGAUCAUUGUUAUCAAUCAAGGUGUUAUUGAAGCUCAAGGAACGUUGACUGAACUUUCAAAGUCGGGCGUUAAUUUCACUGAAAUGUUAGUGGAUGAAAACACAGCAGAUGAAUCCGAUCCGGAAACUACCGACAGUGAGGUCUAUGCUGAGGAAAAAAAUAUUUUGUUCCACCAGAAAUGGUGGUUGCCUAAACCUGUCGAUUCUAGCCACUACAAGCAAGUGCAAGUGCAAUAA